AUUGUGUGUGAGAGCAGCGAGUCUGUCCGCUCCUCUCUCUCUCUCACUCUCUCUCUCUCUCUCUCUCUCUCUCUGCGGCUCUCUGUGGUCACACCUGGAAUCUGAUUUUAGAUUUUUUUUAAAUCUUUACAUUUGGAGGAUUUUCUUUUCUCUGCUGUGUCCGUGUCUUUAUGACGUCGCCUGUACCGGGAGCUCUCCUUCCUUCCCGGAGCUAACUGGUCUCUUCCUCGGUGAGUGUCCGCUUCCUGCGCCACGCCGAGAUGUCCCGUUUCAAAGCGGAUUAAUGUGGCUGCAACAGGCGACAUGGCGGGCUGUCCCCGUCGGAAUGAAGCACUGAAGACCCCCAGAGAGAGCCGCUUGGCCGAGCAGGACCAUGACUGACAGCACGGAGAGCUGAGGAGACCUGUCAAUCAUCUUCCUAUCAGCGUGUCAGAGGGGCUAUCUCCUGCUCCCCUUCCUCCUCCUCCUCCUCCUCCUCCUUCCUCCGUCUUCUCCUCUUAUCUUCUCAAUGGGCUGCUGACCCCGCAGACUCUCCACAAACCUGAAACGGGCAGAAAAACAGCUUUCAAACGGAGCGGCUCCACCUGAGGAGAGUCUGGCAUGCCUCCCCCCUCCAGCUGAGUGAGAGGACCAAGAAGAAGAAGAAGAGGGAUCCUGUGUUUGUACCCCAUCAGGAGGAGCAGUCAUGCGUUUCCAGUUUGCGUUGACGCUGCAGGCGCUGUGGACCGCCGUGUGCCAGGCGGCCAUGCAGCACUACCCUGCAGCGUGGGGUCACUACGAUGUGUGCAAGUCCCAGGUGUACUCGGACGAAGGCCUGACCUGGGACUACAUGGCCUGCCAGCCGGAGGCAGCAGAUAUGACCCAGUACCUGAAGGUCACUCUGGACCCCCCCAACAUCACCUGUGGAGACCCUCCGGAGACGUACUGUGCCCUGGAGAACCCGUACAUGUGUAAUAACGAAUGUGACGCCACCACAGAAGAACUGGCCCACCCUCCAGAGCUCAUGUUUGACAUCGAGGGUCGUAACCCCACGACCUUCUGGCAGUCCACGUCCUGGAAGAAGUACCCGAAGGCUCUGCUGGUCAACAUCACGCUGUCCUGGAACAAGACCAUCGAGCUGACGGACGACAUCGUCCUCACCUUCGAGUCCGGCCGGCCCGAGCAGAUGGUUCUGGAGAAGUCUCUGGAUUACGGACGAAGCUGGCAGCCGUACCAGUUCUACGCCACGGACUGCCUGGACGCCUUCACCAUGGAGCCCAAGACGGUCCAGGACCUGACCCAGCACACCCUGCUGGACAUCAUCUGCACCGAGGACUACUCUCGAGGCUACGUGUGGAAGUACGAUAAAACUGUUCGCUUUGAGAUCAAGGACCGCUUUGCUCUGUUCGCCGGACCCCGCCUCCACAACAUGGCUUCACUUUAUGGUCAGCUGGACACGACCAAGAACCUGAGGGACUUCUUCACCAUCACAGACCUGAGGAUCCGCCUCCUGAGGCCCGCCACAGGAGCUACGAUGGUGGACGAGAACAACCUGUCCAGAUACUUCUACGCCAUCUCUGACAUCAAAGUCCAGGGCAGGUGCAAGUGCAACCUUCACGCCAACAGCUGUGUGUUCGACAAAGAGAAGCUGAGCUGUGAGUGUGAACACAACACCACGGGGCCCGACUGCGGCCGCUGCAAGAGGAACUACCAGGGGCGAGCGUGGAGCGCCGGCUCCUACCUGCCCAUCCCCAAGGGCACGGCCAAUACCUGUAUCCCUAAUAACAUUGGUCCAGUUAUUCGGCCGAAUGUCUCAUCGCUAGGUGUCGCUAACCGAAAAGAAGUAGCUCCUCAGGUUGCGUUGUCCACUGCCCCCUCUGUCCACGUUGCAAACAGCAAGCGAGACUGCGAAUGCUUCGGCCACUCCAACCGAUGCAGCUACAUCGAGCUGCUAAACACCGUCAUUUGCGUGAGCUGUAAGCACAACACUAGGGGGCAGCACUGCCAGCUAUGCAAGCUGGGCUUCUACCGCAAUGCCUCUGCAGAACUGGACGAUGAAAAUGUUUGCAUAGAGUGUAAUUGUAAUCCCUUUGGCUCAGUCAGUGAUCGCUGUAAUGGCACAGGAUUUUGUAUAUGUAAGGAGGGCACUACAGGGCCCAAGUGUCAGGAGUGUCUACCCGGAUAUUUGUGGGACGAUGGCUGCAAAUCCCGGGUGUGUGACAAUGAGCUCCUUCGUUGCCAAAAUGGCGGCGUGUGUGUGAACAACGUCCGCUGUAACUGUCCCUCCACCUACACGGGCGUGCUGUGUGAGAAGUCCCGCUGUGAGUCGGAGCUGGGGGGCUGCGGGGGGGCCGACUCAGGCCACGCCCCCAUGACUCCACCCUCCUCCCCCCAGCUGCUGCUGCUGGUGCUGCUGGGCUCUGCGCUGCUGAGAGCAGCCUCCUGCUGAACGGACCGGGACCUGGCGGGAGACAUGACCCCGCCCACCUCCUCCACCUUUACCUCCCCCCUCCCCCCCCCCCUGAAAUACCCAUCAAACCUGAACAUGAGCUUUGAGGACUGAACCGAGCUGCUCGCCGUCGGACUCUACAGACACUCGAAAAAGGGAAUGUGCAGACAAAGAGUGCAAAAACUUUAUUUAAUUUAAAGAAUAUAUCAAAUAAAAAAAACAUAUACUUCUAAAAAUGACAGAUAUUAUAAAAAAAGAGCUUAAUAACGAGUAAAAGAGCCCCUCCCCCUCCAAGCCAUACAGGUAUGAGCUCCUUCCACUUUGAGGAGGGAACAUGACAGAUGCUGACUUCCUCUCUUAUUGCCACGGCAACAACAGCUGCGACCAAUCAGCUCUCCUGCAGCGGCCGCCGAUCUCCCCCUGGGACGCUUGUGCGAGUUAAAGAUGGCUGAAGAGACGGCGCAGACGUCUCAGAGACACACAAACAUUCAGACACACACGGUGUGUUCUUUGCUGUCAGUGCUUUGUGGAUUGAAGGAAAUCUGUCGGACUGCCUCUUUGUGACACAGAACCCCCCUCCCUCUUUCCUCCCCCUCCACAUGUCGACCCCCCCACCUCUCUCUAGCUUCUGUCUCCCCUCUUCAUCCUCCCCCCCUCCCGCCCUCCCUAGCCAUGCUGACACCGACCUGUGCUUUCGUGAACGUUUCUCUGUAAACCCUCGCUGGUUGAAAGAUUCUUCUUUUGUCCGAUGUUAGUGAUGCACAUGUGUAAGAAGCCCCUCCCCUUCCCCCUUCCCCCCACCCCUUCCAGAAAGUUCCUCUGAUUCUUUUUCUAUCUCAGACCAAACACGCUCCCCGCCGUCCAAGGAUAGUCUCCACCUGAGCAGACGAGGAGUGCGUAGAAAACCAUUGGUGUAUUUGCAAGUUCUCUUUGAGGAGCGAGCGCCACAGCGUCAUCGAGUCCUUUUGUAUCUUUGAACUGUGAUAGCAAACAGGCCGCCUUUAAUGUGUCUCCUCCAGACGUCACGUUCUUUUCUCUUCUUCUCUUAUUUGUUGAUCCAACUUUGAGUUGUGCAGUUAUUUCCUUUGUAUUGGCAACGUGCUGGCAUCAAAGAAUCUCAGUUUACAUCAGCAGUAUUAAAGAAGUGUAAUAAACUCCCACCAAAGGACAUCCGACAUGUUUCGUUCUUGCUUUAACACUCGAACAUUUAAGUGAAUAAAAGUUUAAAAGUGAACCUG